AUGCCAAUUGCCCACACGAUCACUGUGAACGCGACCGCCAUUGGGCCCGCCGGUGUUCCGUUCGAACAAAGACACAACGAAAAGUCGCGAGAUUUUCGAGACAGGCGACAUAAUCUCCGCACAAGAACACGCAUACCAAGUGAGUAUUUUAUUAAUUUUUCUCUUGGAAUAAAUUUUAUACCGAAAUAAGACUAUGUCGGUCCGAUUAAAAAAACAUCAUAUUAUAGUGGCGACACGGUAUUAAUGAGAUUUUUUUUUCGUGCAAUAAUUUUAUCGUCAAAUUUAGUCUUUAAAAUUUUACACCGUUCCUGUUAUCUAAUUAAAUUUAGUUAAGACGAUAAUAGUACAACAAUUUAACAAAAAAAAAAAUACGGGAGGGAUAUAAUUAAAAAUAUUUGAGGGAUAUUUUUUACUAGAAAAAUUUAAUUUAAGAUAUUGGUAAAUGAUUAUAACACUGUAUACAAGUGUAUAUUUCCAAAUAAUGAGGACGAAUUCGAAUACGGGGACGAUUUCCGUUCAAUUUAGAUAAUCUCCAAUGGCUUCCUCAAAUAAAUAAAACCAAACAUCCAUAAUUAUAUAAAGUUACCAACUCAUCAUAUCCGCCAAUUAUAAUUAUUAUUAUUGUAAUAUUAUCAUCGGUUCGAGUGGCGAUCAAUAUCGCCGGAUAAUAUUAUUGGAGCAAUAUACCAAUAUUAUUGUAAUCCUUAAUCGUCAAAACUUGUGUAUUGUUGUUUACUGAAACCGCAUAUUUUCAAUUUCCACUCGUGAAUUUUCCCUCGUACAUUUGAACUAUAUUAAUACCUAACCAAAACAAAACAAAUAAAAACCCACCGCGUACAUCCAAGACAAAAAAAAAAGUAUUCGAUAGUUAUUUUAUAAUAUUAAUUUUAUCGUUCACAGCUGAACCACCAUACGAGUAUUAAAGGUAUAUGCCUAUAAUACGAGUAUUACGUUUAUUUUGAGUGCGUAGUUGUUAGUUUUACUAAUGUAAUUCCCUUUUUUCGCUUCAAGCGAAUACAAACUUAAAUUUUAGAAACCUAAAAUAAUACACGAUAUACUGAUUUUCCAAAAAAAAUUAGGUAUCUAUAGUGUGUGCGAUGUUAUAUUUUAAACAGAUACGCCAAAAUCACUGCAAAAACCGUUCUCAACAAACUUGCUAUAAUCAACUUAUUCGAUAACUGCAUUAUUAUUGUAGGACGUGGAUAUAAUAAUACAAUUGUUUUCAUGAGUUUAAACAUUAUACAUAUUAUAAUAUUUUAAAUUAACCAUAGAUAUUUAAAUAAAAUACGUACAGGUUUUAAUUGAUGACGGUUUUCCAAAUGAUGUAAAAUUUGAACACUUUUUUACAUUUUAAUGGCCACCUUAAUGAUAAUAAUUUUCCACUCAUUUAAGGGACGGCUGUUUUCACGAGCGUCACGGUCACUGCUGUAGACCAUGUAGGCUGUUGUAAACCGUAAAGCCCGACAAAACUAUAGAAAUUUCGUUCCACAAAUUUCAAUAUUGAAUACGAAUUAUUAUUAUUUAUGUUUUUUUUUAAUAGAAUAUGUUGGAAUUAUCUUUAUAGUAAGUUAAAGGCAAAAUGCUUUAAACACAAUUUUGAAAAUUGUUCAAAAAUACAAUCAAAUUUGUUUACAAUUUCUAGUAAAGAAAUAAAAUUUCUAACAUACCCUAGUACAGAACCCAAAGAAUUGAAUCAUAAUCCAUUUUCAACAUUGAAAUCUUUCAAACACGAUGUCUACUGUUUUCUAAGGAUUUGAGGUCUAAAACGACUAAAAUAAACAACCGUCAUUAAUUCCUUUAAUAUAUUAAAGUUAAACGAGAUUAAACAUCGUAAAAGUGCUACUAAAGUAAACAUUUAAAUACUUCUUUGAUUAUUUUUAAAUACCUAUAAUGCCUUAUAUGAAAUAUUUUAUUGACAAUAAUAUAAUAUACCCACCUACUGUGAUCAAUAUGGUGCGAUUAAAUAUGUAUAUUUUAUUACUUAUUUAACUUAUUUAUAAUAAUAGUGAAGUAAUAUUUGUAAAAAAUACAAUGAAUAAAUAUUACUUGCAAGACAUUACAAUAUAUACUAACAUAUUUUUUUUUUUAAAAGUAAAAACAAUGUACAUACUUAAAAACGUUGAAGAAAAAGAUAAGACGAUGUUUUAUUUAUUUGCUUAUUUUUUUGUGCACCUAAUUAUUUUUUAAUUGUAUUGCGAAUUUUAAUAACAAUAAUACUAUAUCUAGAAAAAUCCCAUUAAAAUAAUUUUAUUUUUAGUCAUAACCAUAAACUUAUUUUCCUGCCGUUUCGUUAAACACAGUUCUGCGAGAUUUUUUUUAUUUUUUUGUUUUAUAAUGCUAGCACCGGGUUGUUAAAUAAAUUUUGACACGCUGAGUUCAAAUUUGAAAACAGUUUAUCUCUAUCACGUCUAUGUUUUAUGCGACAUAACUAAUAAAAGGGUAAAAAAACAAAAAAUGUUUUGACAGUGUCUAUCGGAAUCAAUUUUAUUUUAAAAAAACGCAUUUGUAUAUGUAUAUAUAUAAUAAAACUAAACUAAUGCAUUAGGUUGAUCCAAAAAACUUAAUUACAAAAUUCAAAAUGUGUAAUAAUCUUUUUAAAUGAUCAGUAAAAAUAUUUUUGUGAAAUUUUUACUCGUUAACUAACUCAAUUCCCGUGUGGAAAAGGGAUAUUUAAAUGUAAAAAUUAUAAUCAAACUAAUAAAGAAUUAAAAAAGUGUAACUAAACGCGUGUCUGCAGUCGUUGCCGGUCAGUCAUAUGUGAACUUGGACGAUAUUUUUGUCUUUCGUGCCGUACAAGUGUGAAUCGCAACCUAAAUAAUUCCAUAUAAUCGAUUCACUUUCAAUCAUUUUAUAACAGAUCUAAUGUGCAAAUAAAAAUACAAAACAAAUUCUCAAAUUAUGAUUUUACGUAUUCGUUCUAUAAAAAAUUAAAGUGAUUAAUAAUAUGAUCAUAAGAUAGUUAUUGGUGCGAGCACCUUCGUGCAUUUAUAAUGUGAUACAAGUGUCGUAUUAAAUAUAUAAUAGAAACAAACGGAUUUCAGAUUUAAAUUGAGUAUUGAGUAUUAUAAUAUAAACAACAAAAAAAUAUACUUUGCAAAGAUGUGAAAUUUUUAGAUUCUGACAACUUAAAUACUUGGAACCAUGAUCGAUUACGAUUCUGUUAAAGACGUUUUUAUUUUGCGUAGUUUUUGGAUUUUUUUUUUCAUGUACCUAGUGAUUUACAAGCCGACCCUAUAUAGUUUUCAACGUACUACCAUUUUACCGAAUCUUAAAAGUUCGUUUUUUUUUUUUUUUUUAAAAGGCACCGAGUCGAACUUUUUUUUAUACAUACAUAUACAUGUAUAUAUAUUGUAUAAAUGCAAACACGGCUAUUAUUGAUUCAUACUUUCAAAACGAUAUUUAAAAAAAAUAUCAAAUAGACUAACAAAUGGCAUUAUGGGCGUUCGAAAUAUAGUACUACAAAACAGAAGAAUAGUAUUAGAUCUAUGGAGAUAACAAUUAAUACAGACUUGCUAGAUAUAGUACAGAAAAGAACAAGAGAAACAUAAAAAAGUUUGAUAAAAUGACAAAAUUAAAAGAUUGGCUAUAUAAUCAGACAUGGAGGUCUAUUAAAAUUGAUUAUAAUGGAGAACGUUACUGGGAAGAACCUCUGCAAAAAUACCCGGGCUGGAAUGUAUACAACAGAAGCUGAUAUAUUGGCUUAAUAUAUUGGAACAGAUCAUGAAAAAUCAAAAAUGCGAUUUUAUCGCACUUAUUAUACGUAUUUAUUACGAAAAAGCAGAUGGCCGAAACAGACGAAGUGAAGCUGCAAACCAAUCUGUGAAUUGAUAUAACAUGAGAAAAAGAAAUUUAUAUUCAAUAAACCAUUUGAAUGUUGGGUACCUAUAUAGCGUACAAUGAAAGUUUGUGUAGAGGUCAAUGCAAUAAUAAUAACAUUAAUGGCUUUAAUAAAAAAUUAAAAAAAAAAACCUUUCGUCAUCAUAAAAUGAUACUCGCUGUGCUAUCAGCCCAUCGGCCGCAUCGUGUACUCAAAUUGAUAAAAUCACCGAUUCGUUAUUCAGCGUAGUCGUAUAUAUAAACACAAUGUACGUUUUCAUAAAAACAUAAAUUCUUACCUGUAACAAAAACGUACAAGACGAUAAGAGACAAAUAAUUUUAACAAUAGAUAAGUAAUUAAAAUAAUAACGGAUUAUUUUUGUAAUGCCACCGAGAUAAAACAAAUCCCGAAAACUGCGACAUAUUGAUGAUAUUUCAUCUUUUCAUUUUUUUUUUCACAUUUAUGAAUUUAAAUUGUAUUUUUAUACUUUGAUAAUAUCAAAGAUACGCUUUAAAUAUGCUUUUGAACCCAAUGGGUAUACAAAUAACCGCGCACUAUUAUAAUGUUACGUAAGUUCGCACAAUAAUAUUAUGCGCGAUUUUUCGUUUAUCGAAAUCUUAUAUCUACGAGUUAAAGGGGCACGGGCGGAAAAUAAUUAUUUUAUAUUUCCUUUGAACACGUUUAUAGAAAGUUGUAGGUAGAUACUGCAACUGUAAGCGCAUAUACCGGUCCAAAUUGUUCGUGGAAACUUUUAAAACUAUAAUAUAAAGUUUCCGGGUGCUUGUGAAGUCACACAUCUGCAGCUGUAGAAAUGUGAUUUUAUCCCCCCCUACCAUUUCAAUAGUUUUCCCGGAACGAAAAUGUGAGAGGGAAAAAACUUUUGUUGAUUUAGUUAUGAAUAUACGAGUAGCAACACCUAUGUGUGAAAACUCUAAAUAUAUUUUAAAUAUUUUUUAUUAUACGACAUUAGCAUGUCGACAAUGAUCAGCCGACACAUUGUAUUUUAUUUUCGAGUAUAGGUAUGAAAACAUUUAAGUUACACAUACUGCGGGUACAUCAAUGUUAUUAAUUUCUAAAAGUGAUAUAAUACCCAUAAUAUUUUUUAUUUGUUUGUUCAAUAUAAUUUAUAGGUAACGAUUUGAAAUAUGUAUACGUUUUCUUUUUUUUUACGAUAUAUGUUAGUAAAACUUAUUCGACCAAAUGCUCAAAACUUGAAUAGGAGAAUAUUUCAAAAUCUAAAUGAAAGGCACGAUUAAAACUCUUAACGUAGUGAGAAAUAUAUUCAUUUUACUACGAUUUAUUUUUAAAUUUAAUUUUAAUUUUUAUAUUUAUUAACAACUUUUGUAUUGAAAAUAUUCCUCUAAUUAACAACUAUAAAGGUAGAUUUCGGUGGUAAAUGCUAUCUAGUUGGUGUCUGUUUUAAGGAAGUAAUUUUUUAAGUUUUCUAGUAGUUUUCAUAUUAAAUAUGUAGAACAACUGGGAAAAAAGCAAGAAAAACGAGCAAGAAAAAACAAUAAAAGUGGAAAUAUUUACGCAAUAAUAACGGUAACUGUUAUUUUCGAUUUCACUUUUUUAUUGAUAUUCAGUGAACCAAUUCAUAAGCCUGAAAUAGAUUUGUCUAGAUACGAUACAGUUUUCAAAACAUUUUCCAGUGAUUUUCGAAUUAUUUAUCUUCAUUUAAAACUGUCAAUUGUUUUCGUUUAUUUGGUUAUAUGUGGAUACAAUUUUGUAGGAGACUCAAAAGUGCACAACAAUUUGAUACAAAAUUCACUGUAAGUUUUUCUUGUACCACUAAAAAAAUAUCGAAAAUCCGUAUUCACAUACGUAUUUUUUUUUUGUGUUUAAAAUUUAAAUUUUGAUGAAACUCGUUAAAACCAAGGCAUUAUUUUGUGUAUUAUUUUCAUAGAGUCUACAUACUUUGCCCCACAUCAAAAAAAGCCGUAUGCAAUCGUUUAAUUUGAAGCAAUGUCGACAGUUCUUAAAAGAAACAACACCAUUAAGAACUAGGAAUAAAACAUAAAACUAAUUAUUUCUGCCCAAACUUGUAUUUUACUGGCGAAAGUAGAUCCAAAAAAAAAAAGGGGAAUGGUCCUAUGUAACCCUAAUAUUAGGCUAAUAUUAUAUAUUCGGUUGGGUAUACAUUUCAUAGUUGAAUAAAUUAUAUAUUCGAUUAUAAUUGAUGUAUUUCAAUAUAUGACUAUGAGAAUAAAGAUUUUAAACAAAAUUAUAUUAGAUAGUUACAUAAACACAUGGUAUAUACAUGUGCUCAAAAUAUAUACAACGCGUGACGCAUCCAGUUGGUUUUUACCGGCAUCGAGUGAGUAGCUGUUUUAAAAUUGUUUUUUUUUUUUUUUUUUUUUUAAUUGUGUUCUCCUCGACGUUAUAUAAUAUAGGUAAAAUUAAUUAGAUUUGUAGAAAUUUAACUGUAUGAUAUACGAACUUCGCAUCGAUCAAGUGGUAUAAAGUAGACCGGCACUGUUUUUGACGGGUCAAAAAAGUAUUUAAUAUUAAAAUUCAAGAAUUGUAUUUUAUUAAAACGUUGAAACUAUAAAAAAAAAAAAUAUAAAUAAUACUUUUAUAACGAUAAAAAUAUUCGAUAUAUGUUUACUAGAACCUAUCUCAUUUCGUUUGAAAAAAUAAAAAUUAACAUUUAUUUUUUUUUCAUAAAAUAAAGUUAUAUACGUUAUGCAUAAGUAAUAUAUAAAUUCCACAUACAACUUGAAAUUUAAAAAUAAAAUGUCUAAUACUGGAGACGGGUGCGACCGCUGUUGUAGGUGACUGGUGGGGAAGGUGGGACACAUUAAUUUAUUUAAUUUACACCUGUAAUCAACGAUAAACCAUUGAUUACAAAAAACGUUUUGAAAGGCCGUACAAUUUUUAUCAAAUAUAAGUUUCUGUCAAAAUUUCAAGUCUUUAUGAAUAUAAUAAACUAAAUGACAUUAAAAAAAUAAAAUUGAAAAUAAUAAAAUAAUUAUGUUUGUACAUAUUCCCGUAUUUUCUGAAUUGUUUUUCGAUUGUGUGGCUCGAUGUUUUUUUAUUGGAGCAAUAUGUAUUGUAUAAAACAUAGGCCGUACAAAUUUAAAAUAUUGAAAUCGUAACGCUGCAAAUUCGUCAAUUUUGUUUCUACAUUUUUUUCCGAUUUUGUCUAAUUAUUUAUAAAACUACAGAGAAUAUAAUAAUAAUAAAAAAAGAAUAACUUACUCGCAAAUUAAAUAAAAAAUUCAACAAAAGAGGUCUCUUUUCGUUUAUCUAUUGGAGCAAUAUUUAUGGUGGAAAACAUAAGCCGUAAAAAUUGAAAAUAAUAAAAUCCUAUAAUUCGUCAUUUUUGGUUUCUCUUAAUUAUUAUUAAAAAUACUUUAGAUAUCAAAAAACUACUUUUUUUGUCAGUAGCGAUAUAUUAAUAGGAACAAAAAUGAUCUUUUGUUAUUUUUGGUGUGGAGUAAUAUUUUUGAUAGAAAACAUCGUGUUAAUAUAAAACAAUGAAAACGGUAACGCCAUAAAUAUUUGCAGUAAUACAUCUAAUUUUCGUUCAGUUUUUCCCGAUUAUUUCGAAAACGCCUUUGAAAAUCAAAUAAAUUACCUCUUCAAUACACCAACGAGAGAAAAUUACCUUUCAUAAGGGUAUAGUAUAUACUUCAGAGCAAGAUUUUCUGGUAUGAAAGUUGUGCUAUGUGGUCAAAAAAAAUUGAGUGUAAUGUAGGAUUUUAUUGUAUACAAAUUUUAGUAUAAAAUUUUUAAUUAAAACGUAAAUAUUACAGCUAUUCAAAACCUGUAUAACUGAACUCCUUUCAGAAUCGUAUUCGUUGGCAAUACAGUAGCUGUACAUUGCGUACAGAUAUACAUAAAUUCCCCUCUAUAUUGUACCUUCCCAACUUCUUUCCUCCAACAGUGGCCUACACAUCGUGAUAAAAAUGUCCAUCAUUUAUUUUUGUUUUUGAGACUUACUUCUUGCAUUAAUUUAGUUUGAAAAGUGAUGUGUGGGGGGGAAGAUAUGAAGUCCCCUUCGAGUUAGGAAUAUUUCAAUAAAUGCAAGUUGCUAAAUUUUUUUUUUAUAUCUUACAUUCUCUUUUUAACUUUUCCAACGACCAAUGUAGCGAUGGAUGGACGUGGUGAUACUAGACCAGGAUAGAUAUUAUUUGGUGUACCUAGCGAAUUAAUGGCAAAGGAUGAAUGUUACAGAAUUGCGAGAAAAAGGAGACAGUUACGGUGGUGGCAAAAACUCUUGAAAAUGCAUUGUGAUACCAGGAAGUGAAAUAAUGAGAAGACAUUUUAAGGAUAGACAAAACGAGUUACAAUAAGAAAAUGUCGAAAAUACCAACUGAACAAUGGGGUUUUUUUUUGUUUUUACAGUCUUUUACACAUUGUUAUACUUUGCGUUUAUUUUCAAACUCGUGUCCGAAACAACAAUAAAUAUAUUGACGGUUCGAAGUAUAUAAAUAGUCGUUUAUAAAAUACCUAUACAAAACACGGAAUAUAUAUAGUUUAUUAUUUAUAACUUGUAAGCGUUUAAAGUUUAGCAGAGUGGACGGGUGGGGGGGAGGGGCGAGAGAUAUACAGGUAAAAUUUCUUGGAUCGUAAAAUAAUUUCGUCGUUGUUUCGCGCUAUUCUUAAGUUCUUAGUAAACUUUAAAACUUUAAACGCUUAUAAAUAAUAUAAACCAGCUACCGGCUAGUAUUCGGCGCGAUAUUAUUUAUAUAUAUAAAUAUAUUUUUUGAAAAAAAAUAUCGUAUCGUAGUAUGAUCGGAUUAUCAUUUCAGUGAUAUUUAUUGAGUAUAUAAUCCCAUAUGUUGUUGUUCGUGUCUUGUUAUCGGUUAAAAUUGUUUUUAUUGAUUGCAAUUUAAAAUAUAAUAUCUAUAUUAAUUUGAUACCGCUUGUGGGUAAGCCUUUGUGUUGUACUCCUCUGUUGUGGGUGGACAGUAGGGAAGGUAAUAUUUAAACUGUAAAAGGUUAUUUAUUUUUAAUACAGAGUGAUCAACAUAACGUUAGACGCUCAUUAUCUCGGAAAGAAUUGGUUUUUUUUCGAAUUUGUUUUAAGACGUUUAAGAUAUACAUUACUUUACUAACCGUAAGUGGUUUCCGAGAAAGAAAAAAAAUAUCAUAACUUUGUAAAACCGAUAGCUUCUUUGUUACGUUCAGAACAUUAUUUAAUCGAUUAUAAAAUACCUUAUGGACAAAAAUCGACACCUUUGCGGGUUUUUCGGAAAAAGCUGGAAUUGACAAAUUUUUUUUUUAUUACCUAAAUAAAAUAUUUAACUAUCUAUCACUCUGUAAAAAAUCAUACGAAAUUUAGACUCAACAAAAUUAUUCAUGAUGUUAUAAGAUUUAGAGCAAAUUUAAUAUUUGAGUAGGGAUUUUGAAGCCUUUGCCGGUUCAGUCUACGAAAACAUAAAACAAAGAAUGACGCAUGGUUUUAUUUUGAUUUUUUAGGAUAUAAUUCGAUUUUAAAAUUUGUUGAAUGUCUUUUUAAAAAGCCGCUUUUAACCGAGUUACGUAAACUUAUAAUAUCGAAAAUAAGAAAUUAAAAAACCUAUCUUAUGGUUCCUUUUUAAUGAAUUUUGUAGGUGCUCUGCAUUUUAAAUGCUUUUUCUGUACAAUCAAAAUAAAUUACACAAACGGUACAUAAAAAUAUUGAUUUUUGUUUCUGUUAUGAAUGUAAGUACACACAAAACAAAGCAAUUAAAAUCGAUAGACCUCGAUAUAGUUGUUAAAACUGAUGAGGUUUUAUUUGAACUGAAAAAUAACCAAUAUACAAAAAUAAAAUAAUAAUAAUGAAAGAAAAAGUAAAACAUUUUUUUUUUUUUAAUCAUUGAAUCGUUGGUUUAUAAAUAAUGUUUCUUUAUUAUUAUUGUUUUUUUAACCGGAAUGAUUUAAAAAAUAUAAUACGUUAAAAAAAAACAGAGAUACUUUGUACUAUGAGCGGGCCACUGUUAUGCGUGAGUGGAACCAAUUAGAAAGGUUGGAUAUAGGAUACAUAAGGCAUUAUAUAUAUAUAGUUGAUAUACUAGAUAUUAGAUCAUAAAUCAUUACGAUUUUUUUUAAAAUUGGGCCAUUUUCAAGUCGUUUUAGUUUUUAUUUGCUAGGUAUUUAUUAUUUGAAUAAAACUGUUUGGCCGAACAGAAUUGCUUGACAAUUCAACCCAAGGUUUAGUGUAGGUUGUAUUUAGUGGUGAAAUAUAGUUGAGCGUACCUAAUGUAAUAAUUUUUUAUGUAAUAUGUAAAUUCAAAUUUAACAAAAAAAACAUUAAAAAUAACGGCAUUUCAAAAACGAACUUCGCUCAAAAUCGUUUUUCAUUAGCAGUGAUUUAUCGUUGUGUAAACAUAUCGAAUAGAUAACUUCAUGUGCUCUUACCUUCCCAAUUUCAUAUCUAUACACCAGCGGCACACCCGUCCUCGGUAUCAGCUCUUUUUUUUUCUACCAGAAAUCUCGCAGCUCCGAAUUUCAAGAGUUUUUUAAUUACGCAUACCUACAUACGCAUUACGUAAGUGCACAUCAUCCGAGUCCUUAAUUAUUUGUAAUAUUGUAGCCACGCUGCACAGUAUACUUUCAACUUUUAAUUAAAUGUCGCUUAGUUAUUAUGAAAAGCUGCACAGCUGGACUCGCUGCAGGUAUGACGUGCGAACUUCGUUCAUUAUAAAAUUAUUUGAGAAAAAAUAUCCCAACAUACGUCUGCGUAGUUACGAAAACACAGCCAUUUCCCGUUUUCAAAUAUUCAUAAGAACCCGUAAAUACAAAAUAAGUUAUCGAUAAAAAAAAAAUAAUAAGGAAAAAAAACCGAGACUCUAGGCCAAAGACGUAAGUUUAUAAAUUCGGUAUCGGGUUCUAAAUUAGGAUAUUAUCGUUUUUGGCUAUAUACUUGACAGCAUUUAUUUUUAUAUUUUCCAAAACUAUAAACAACAGUGUAUCCGUAUUGUGCCAUGCCGGUUGCGCAGAGAAACCGUUCUUAUCUCGGCCGAAGUGAACCUCGACCGAUUACUAGAAUGGACUGUAUAGGUGAUGUUUGACAUGGAGGAGAUAGACAAGGUUACCAGUAGUCUGAUAGACAACAAAGCGAAUGUGCGGAUCGGGAUGAAACACCGAGACAGGUAUAUUGGUGUGAAAAAAACAAAACAAAAAGAAUGGUCAUACGUAUUCGUUCAACCAGACGAUUCGAUUAAAAGAGAAAAGCGAAAGUGAAAAAAAAAAUGAAAUAAAUAAUAUCACAAUAACGAAAUAUUGAUAACAGCGCGGCGACAAUGUUACAAUAGGUUAUUUGGUACGGCCUGGUUACCUGCGAAUGUGAUUAGUCCGGGUGAACUGAUAGCGCGGUGACCGCGGCGAUAACCACUGCUGUCGGCCAAACGAAUGCGAUUGGAUCCCGGAUCUGCGCGUGCGGGCGCGACCUGUACGCGGUGGUGGAAGAUGGCGGACGGCUAGGCUCCGAGGAUAAUGUUCCGCGAGCGAUCGCGUGUGCGUCGAAAGCGUCGGGCCGGACGCAAGUCGUGGGCGACCCUCGAACGAGCGAGAAACACAAAUAAUGUCCGAACGUGGGUACGGCGGCGGGUACCUCGGGGAUACGGGGUGGUCGAUAGGUAUCGAGAUAUAUGGCGCGCGGCCGAAAACGAACGGCGGCACUACGCGGCCUCGCGCACGUACGUUCCGGUAGACCGAAGUCGGUCGGGGCUCGCCGAGGGCGGACGGUACAGGCGAGACGGAAAAUGCCCGGCGGACGAUGUUACGUCGGCAUAGACGGCGGUAAUCCAAACGGUUAGGUAGAAACGCACACGCGCGACGGCGUCGGGUCGACGAGACGCGGGCGGUCCGGCACAAGACGAAACGGAUUCGCGCGCACGGCGAAUACCGAUCCGGUAUCAGCCGCGACACGAGACGUCGCGGCGGCAAUACGAACGGGCGCGCGGAAUCUUGAGGUUUUGACGAUGGCGGCACACCGGGUCGUCCGGACGGUUUGGCGAAAGCGCGUUUCGAACGCACAACGAGGGCGGAACGGCAAAACUCCCGCGGACACACGGACAUCGCGUAAACGGACGAACGGCGACAACGGACCGACGGCAGGCGACGAGCGCGACACGGCGCGCCCCCUCCCGACCAGGUCGCGGUCGCAACUUAUUGGACCGCGAUACCGGGGUUUUGUGACCGGUUGCGAUCGCGCAAAUAGGCCGCGCGCGCUAAAUUCAAAUCGAACCUAAAAAAUAAUUGUUUGCUGAGGAUUAUUAGAAUUUCUUGUUGCAUAGUUGUAAAGUUUAUCCGUAUGUACAGUUUGAAUUCGUUUUUUUCAUUUGUCGCUAUUUUCGCUGUUCGCCCGACGCACGUACAAAAUAAUAAACAAUGAAAAACCAAUUUCGAUUAAAUUCAAAACGAUCGGCGAUUUUAGUGUGAGCCAACCCGUGGAAGACGACAAGAGGCCAAAGAAAAAGUUUCUCCCGCUUACAGAGUGGGCUCAAGGCAAAGGAGAAUAAAACCAUCUGUUUGGAACGUUUUGAAAUAAUGAACGGCAUAAUCGCUAAACGACUACUAUAAUAUAAAAGUUUUUUCAAAAGAUAUUAGAAGUUCAAAGGAAAGCAUAUAACUUGAUUAAAUAUUAAUAACCAGCUGAUUUGCCGGUUGGCUGUUACACUUUCAAAAUUACUUUAGAAAGGUUUAGAACCAAACGUAAUGACGUCAAAUGGAUUUCGGAUAUUCUUACGUUCAGCGUCUAACUGCUCAUAAGAAAGAUCUUUAUUUUUGUUCCAUAAUAUGUUUAUAAUAUUUUUUCAUAAUAUGUUCGUGAAUUGUAACUAGUACCUAUUUCAUAAUUUGUGUGUGUGAAUUUAAUUAGAAUUUAAGCACAGGUGUGCAGCUGGCCUGUUUUCGCGCCGACAAUUAUAUUGAUAGUUCUAUUAUUUAUUUAUUGUUAUGCCAAAAGGGCAAUUUUAUUCCAAUCCGUGUAUGUACUCAUGUAUAUAUUUGUAUCGUAUUAUUAUGAAUUAAUUAUAUGAGUUAUUAUUUGUGCCUAUUACUGAUUUCGUAAGUAAUUAUAACACUUAAUUACCGACAUUUUGUUACCAUUUUUUCCAACUAGUUAUAAGUAUACAGUAUACAUUCCUAUCUAUCACACCGCAUACUAAGAUUCACUGGUUUUAUCAGGCGAACCCGAUCAUUUCCAGUUAAACUUUGUGGUCAGUAGGUAAUGCAAAUAGUGUCCGGUGGUUAGUAGAUAUAAAAACUAUAUCCAAAACUUAAUAUCUGGAAAUGCGAUAAACUAGUAUGAGACAAUAUUUUGUUAUAACUGCAGCAACGUCUCUUCAAAUUUUAUGUUCAAAUAGCGUUUGUUAUUUUUUCCUAAGAGAAACUGUAUUAUUCAUUUAACGACAUAUAUACGUACACGAAUAUAUAUAAUUUCAUAAUAUUAGGUUUACUUUUCAUCAACAAAAAAGCUGCGGGCCAAUUGAAUUAAGUAAUAUUACACGCAAAUUGCAUUAUUUUGUUUUAAAAAUAUAUUAUUGGUUUAGAGUAGUUGUUGUAAACGCUUUAAGUAAACAUUAUCAAUAAAUAGGACGAAAAUUAACGAACAAAAUAUAAAUUCAAGUUCAUUUUUUAAUUUUAAAACGAGCACUUCAGAUACCCGAAAAGUUAGAAUUUUUUUUUUUUGGGGAGGGGGAAGGCGAGAAGUGUAUGUUUGUAUUUUUAACACGAUCAUUACCAUUGUAUUAUUAUUUUUAAUGGUUUAUUUGUUUGAUUUAAUCGAAAUAAUAUGUUAAUUUCGAAAUAUAUCUUUGAAAUAAUAAUAUGAAAAACGAAAAGAAAUUCCAUGCGUGUUUGCAUGCAAAUGUGUUAUUCAAUAUUAAUUUUAGUCCAAUAUCGUUUUUCAGCCACGUAAAACGAGUUUUCGUGUAAAACGAUAUUGCUACGAUAAUACGUAAACAAAACCACGUUGAAUAAUAUUUUAAGUCAUAUUUCAUCACGUACAGUACCUACUUAUAUUUUAUAAUAUUUAGGUGAUCGUAAAAACACCUAUGACCAACUGAAACUCACAAGAGACACAUCCUUGAUACUGACGCCAUGCAUAGUUCCAUUCGGGGGUUGUAUAGUAGCGGACAAAGCGUAAAAGAUAACUUCCUCCCGCAACAUGGUGAAGUUUAUAUAUAAAUUUAAUCCAACUUUUAUCACUUCCGUCCGUCUAUAAAAAAAACUCCCGGGUUUGAUUUUAAUUGGUCGAUAGGGAGCCACUAAAAGUGUCCAAAAAUCGCGAUAGAGUGUAACUAAAAGAUCGACCAAAAAAUAAAAAGGGAAAAAAACAAUGUUUGGAUAAUAAUUAAAUAAUAAUGAAACAAAAGUUCGGACAUAUUUCCCAUCUUGCAGGUUAGGCAAUCUUUGUUGGUGGAUAAUCGAAGGUAAGAUUAAAUUUUAGUAAUUUAAUUUAUACACCAAAAAUAAAUACGCGGCAAUUCUAUUGUAAAUAAAUAAAUUUAAAUUUAAAAUCAAGACAUUAUACACUACAGGCCCACGAAGAUAAUAUAACCCUUGAAUAUCUCCUGAGAUAAUAAGGAUAAUAAAAUUCUGUUUUUUUUUUUUUAUAUUACUCACAGUUAUGAGGACUACAAAUAUUAAUAUUUUAAUUAAAUUUUUUUUUUUAUUAAUAAAAUUAUUUUUUAUUUUAUUAUUUUUGGAAAAUUUUAAGAUAACCGUUUGGUAUAUCUUAUUUUUUUGAAAAUUUUAGUGUAUCACACAUUUAUAUCCGAUGAAUAGUUUUUAAGUAACAGCCGUUUUAAAUUCUUUUAAUUUGCGUGAAAACAGAUGUUAUCGCGUAACGCGGUUAGGCUAUUCCCUAGAGAACAUUGGUUUAUUAAAAAAAAAAUAAUUUAAUUAAAAUAUAAUUAUUUGUAGUCAUCUUCCCAGUGAGUACUAUGAAAAAAAAAAUACAGAAUUUGAUUAUCUUUAUUAUCUCUGGAGAUAUUUAAGGAGUAUAUCUUUGUGAAACAGCCUGUAUAGUCGAACCCCCGUAUUUCCGCACAGAUUAUAAUUUUUUUAUAGAUUUUUUUUCUCUUAUGAACCAUGAAAAUCGCUUCGAAUGCGCUAUUUGGAGGAGAAAAAAUGCAUCUCGGUAAAUAUAAUAUGACUACGCACAUGGAAUCUAACAUUAACAGUUAAAUAUUAUACAUUAUUAUCCUUGGUCCCAAGGUAACGGUAGGUUCCGUGAGCGAUAAAAUUAAAUAUAUUUAAACGGGUACUUUUGUAGAUUAACGGUGCUUUUGAACGUUUUACGGCAGAAAAAAGCCGUUCCGAGUAAAUACAAUUGAUAUUACAUUCACCGAAUAACUGAAACACGAAUUAAAUAAUUUUUUCGGGUACUCGAUCAACGAUAUGUUUAUUUAUUAUAUUGACAUAGUUCCGGUUUUAAUAAAGUUUAACAUAUCAAAUGGAAAUAAUAAUGUUAAUGCUAGGUACUAGAAUACUACUAAUAAUAAUAAUUACUACAGGCUGUCUCACGAAGAUAUACCACUAGUAUAUCUCCGGAGAUAAUAAAGAUAAUCAAAUUCUGUUUUUUUUUUCAUAUUACUCACUGAGAAGAGAACUACAAGUAAUUAUAUGUGAAUCAAUUUUUUUUUUAAUAAAAAAAAAUUAAAAACUAAUUUUAUUUUUAUAAUUUUUGAAAAAUUUUAAGAUAGCCAUUCUGUAAAGAUUAUUUUUCUGGAAAUUUUAAUGUAUCACACGUAUUUUAUAUCCGGUGAAUAGUUUCUAAAUAACAUCCAUUUUAAAUUCUACUAAUCCGUGUGAAAAUCGAUUGAAGUCCUCUUUACUGUGAGUAAUAUAAAAAACAGAAUUUGACUAUUUGUAUUAUCUCCGGAGAUGUACAAGGGGUAUAUAUUCGUGGGACAGCUUGUAUAAUAAUAUAGUAUAGUUAUGAACAACGGUUCUGUUAGAGAUAAAAAUAUUAUGCAGUUGUAAUAUUAUCGCUCGACCGACGCGUGAAACAAUUGUGCCAAAACUAUUUUUUACCAGACUGACAAAGGAGGAUUGAGUUUUUAAUGACUGCGUGUCAUCAGUAAAAUACACUGGAAAAAUACACUCGAGCGCUGUAUAAAAAACUGUAUACAUACUACUUUGAUACAAUGACAUUCACAAGACGUUAUCAACCGAGAUCGGUCACGGGUUUGAAUCUCGAAACUAUUAAAUCAUUUUUUGUAUAGUUUUACACGACUUUUUAAACAGCGAUGUACUUUUUACGUGGUUGGCUCUGUUUUUUUAUUUUUUUAAAUUUCAUUUUUAUUAUAUUUAGUUUAUCAGUACUGAGAUUUGUCAUACUAUCACCUACGUAAGUUUGUUUCACUCGGACAAUAAUACGGAAUAUUUCAGCCGAAUGCACUCAGAUCGAAACGAAUGUGUACAAUAACGUUUACAUUUGUUUCAAUAGAAUAAUCAACAAUUAUUUUUCAACACAUGCAGAUUCAAAUAUUCCUACUUCUUUUUACUUCCAGGUAAUUUCGACUUCCUCGGUUGUUUCUAUAUCUGAAUAAUCGCCAGAGAUUCAACCAUCAACUAUUAACUAAAAUAUGAAAGACAUUUUACUCGGAUUAUAUAUUUUCCUGUUUCCCAAAGUUUUUUUUUUUUAAAAAAAAACCCUCUCAUUUCGAUCAAAGUACCGCCCCGGCUGAAAUAUUUCGUGCUAACGUACAUUUGAGUGAAACUAAAUUUUCGAUGCAUUCUAAUCGCAUAUCUAUUUAUACUUGACGAACAAAACUACCGGAUGUAUUUAAAAUAUUGAACUCAAGUCGAAACAAUUAAUAAUAAAAAAAAUCCUAUCCUAAUCGUACGUGCACGUGUCCGCGAGGCGAGUAUUUUUAUUCGUCGAUAAUCGAGUCGAUAUAAAAUAACGUGGACGACGAUAAUGAUUUAUAUGAUAAUUUAUUAUUAUUAACAAUCUCCGCGAGCAGGUGUGUCUUCUUAAUUUCGUCAAUCUCAUAUUAUUUAGUAUGGUAAUGCAAUAAUAAUGAAAUACGUUUUCCAUACACCCAUGCAGUGUAAUAAUCGUCUACAGCGCAUUAAUUAGUUUCGGAUUUAUAAUUCGACCUGAAAACACAGCAGACGUUUCAAGACCCACCCAAAAGGUCAACCGGACAACAAUGAGCCGUUUACAAAGUCCUUUCUAUUACGAACGCGGUUUUUGCGGUACCAUAUUAGUCUGUCAGUCUCGCGGUAGGUACAUUAUUAAUAUCAAAUUAUAAUAUUGUGCCGUGACUAAACACAUUUAAAAACAUUGUCGUUUUCCGAUGUCAUUAUAAUAAUAUGAUUGUGCUGUUGGUAAAUAAAGCGGGGCCAAAGACGAGCGUUCGUUGAUUUCGGAUUCGGAUUCGGGGUAAACUAUAGAAACGAAGGUCACCGCGUGCAGCGUAUAUAAAGCUCGAAGGUCAAAAAUUAUAAAUCGACAGUCGUAAAUACCUAGUUUUCAUGUAAAUGCACGGGCGAAGAAUAAUAGUGGACGACGGAUCGGAGGAAAGCUUUAACAGCGGGGAGUGCCACAAAAAAUAUGGUUUUAAAAUACUACACUCCUCCUUUUUAAUUCUACCGACCCGAACCGUUAAAUAUUUUAGAUAAACGAAAUAGGUAGUAAUUAGAAUAACAGAAAAAAAGAAAAUAGAGAGCAAAAGAGCUCCAUCACUAGAGUUGAAUUUUUCCCCACCCAUUAUGUAGCGUAGAAAUAUUCAUAGUAAAACAAUAAACGCACAAUUUGAUACUACUUCAAAAAAAAAAUUUAAAAGUUUAAAGCUGAAAGUCGAGACUCCCAAAAGGUGCAUAUCCUUGAUACUAACGCUACGAUGUAAAUAUACAAAAUGUAAUCCUCCAAACUGGUUUCAUAUGAGGUGUCUGUAGUGGUGUUCAAAUUUUGAAAAAAAAAUCAUCUUAAUCCCCAAAUAACACGGUGAAAUUAAUAUUUAAAUUAGCUUUUAUCACUUCUAUCCCACCCUAUAAAUUCACUCAGAUUCUCCAAAAGAUUUUAUUUCUCAUUUUUGUAGACAUAAGACAGAGAAUCUAUUUACGAGACAUUUUUUUCUAUCCUUUUACACUUUAUACAUUUGUUUUUUUAUGAAGUACAGUCAUUUCGUUUGUUUCUGGACUUAUCUGUAUUUUAAUACAAGUAUCUAUUCGGAUACUUCUUAAAAUUUCUAUAAACUAGUAGGUGUUAGAAAGAAUAUUUUGUUUUAUUUUUUUAAAUCUCAAAUUAUUACAUAAUAUAAUUAUUAAUAUUAUGGUACAAGACGACUAGUACUACCUACGGGAACGCGGGGCUCAAUUAGUGUAGAUUUUUAUCGCGGGAUUCAACCGAGAUAAAUAUUUGAAACAAACUUGGCGUGUGGGAAAUAUUUUUCGGGUGAAGUCCAUCGAUUUCCUAUAGUGACCGCCACAAUCUUAUGAACAAAUCAGUAAUAAAUUGCUAAUUAGUCAUUACACUUCAAAACCGUUCUUGCUCUAUGGUUCGAAUGUCUUACGCAUCCGACCGCCCACGACUCACACACAAAUUUCGGUUGAGGUACGGGCCUCAAAAAACCGUCCUCGCUUCGCUACUGAGCCUGCAGACUCCAUUUUUCCGUAAAAUUCGGCGAUAACGGUAUACCAACAGUAUAAUAUUAGACGUCGUGAUGUCUUAAAUCAAAACCGAACAACUUACAGAGCCGCAAAAAUAAAAUAUUACGCGCGCAGGCUUCGAUCAAUCACCUUUAUUGUUAAUAUUUUUUUUUUACACCGCCAUUAUACGGCGAGUAUUGUAUGGAGCCGGUACCUAAGGUAAUCAAGUGUGCGAAAUUUCGCAGAUAAUUCUGCGGGAUUUUAACCGAAAGAUUGUUGUUUUUUUUUUUUUUUUAAUUCGGCUUAUUAUAACCAUUACUAUCAUCGCCGUCCGUAUAUAUCCGUAUAAAUCGAUUGCGAUAGAGAACGAAAUCCGAAUAAUCCGACGAUUUUUCGACGAGAUAGAUUAAUUUUUAACAUCAUCCUGACACAAUGACGCGCCGUUCUAUGCGCUGGGGGAACCGAUGAAUAUUAUACAAGUUUAUCGAUUAGAAUGUUAAAACGUUACAUACUCAAUGUGCCGUUCGCUAAAUGACUCGUCAAUAUUCGUACGGUGUCGACGGCUAUCGUCGAUCCGUUUUGGUGUAGGUAUAAUAUUCGCGUCCAUUACUUCUAAAUACUUUGUGAAUAAUUAAUAAGUCGUGGCGACGAGUCCGUUAAUUUGUGUUCGAUAUUCGGAUUUUCAAUCUGGAUAUCAACGUUCUCGUGACAUACGAGGACAAUACGUCGAUUAUGUAAAAGACUCGUAUGCCGAUUUUACCGACGACGCGACGUUUUGAUUUGCGGAUAGUGGCGUAUUUUCAAAUUUUUUUUUUUUUUGGGGUGGAGGGAUGGAUUGGUGGAGGUUCAGACGGGCUUAUGAAAAUCGCGUACUUGGCUCGUAGUUUUACAGGGUCGUAGAAAAUCCAACGCGCUUACCUUACGCGAAUUUCAACUGUGUAAUAAUUAACAACAUUGACAUUUGUAUGAUAUUCCGAAUUUUUCUUCGCGGGUUUACCGAUGAAAUUUGUUAGCCUAUAGUGUAAAACGAAAACAACCAAGUUGAAUGUGAUUUCAGAGCUAAAUCUAAUGACCAUUCCAGUAUUUUCGAAGUCUUCUCGUAUUCCCGUAAGAAUUUCGGAAGAGUUAUACAAAAGUCAACGAAAUUUGGAAAAACCGGUCGUUUUUUUUUUUUUUGUUGCAGAACAAGCCUAA